UUAAUUGGGCAAGUUUAAAUCGAACAAUCCAAUUGACAAAAACGCACCGCAAUAUAGGAGUAGGUAAUUACUAAAAUAGCCUUCCUCAUUUCAGUCAUUUGAUUUUUGAUUGGUGAAUGGUGAAUGAACCUCCACAAAAUUGAACUAAACGUGAGCAAAACCACACUCCUCUCUUGUGUGGGGGAAGGAAGAACAACGGGUUCAAUUCUCCAUUAAACUUCCAUUGAUACAAAAUUACAAAUAAAUACAAACAAAUCUUCAAACAAGAACAAUUAAUCCUUCAAAAAAACAAAAAACAAGAACAAUUUAGACAACAAAAAAGGAAAAAAUGGCAGCAAUUUCAGAACUCAAAAUUUUCUCACCAAUCUUCAACAAUUCAAACACUCAAACUCAGUAUUGUAAUUUUCAUUACACCCUCAAAUUCCAAACUGAAAAUUUCCACUCAAAAACCCCAUUUUUCAGAAGCUCAAAUCUUGUUUCAAGAACCCAACAAUGGCGGCCAUGUUUGGUUGCAGAAGUUGUGGAUUCCCCACCUUCUGAUGAUUCUGAACAAAACCCAGAUGAAGAAACUGCUUCUACUGCUGCUGCUGUUGCUGCUGAAGAGAAGAAAGAUCGAAGAAAGGCAGUCAAAAUUGCUUGGGAGAAGCUUGUUCGUUGGUCUCGUUCUUUGCGUUCUAAGUCUAAACCUGAUGUUCUUCAACGCACUAAAAAGGUAGUGGUGCUUGGAGGUGGCUCAUUUGGUACAGCUAUGGCAGCUCAUGUUGCUAAUAGAAAAGCAGAAAUGGAAGUCAGUAUGCUCGUACGUGAUCCUCAUGUUUGUCAAUCUAUUAAUCAAAACCAUCUCAAUUGUAAAUACUUUCCAAAUCAUAAGCUACCAAAAAAUCUUAUUGCCACAACUGAUGCUAAGUCUGCUCUGCAAGGUGCUGAUUUCUGCCUCCAUGCUGUGCCAGUGCAGUUUACUGCUGCUUUUCUUGAAAGCAUUGUAGAUUAUGUUGAUCCCGGCUUGCCAUUCAUUUCACUUAGCAAAGGUUUGGAGCUUAACACACUACGGAUGAUGUCUCAAAUCAUUCCACAGGCAUUGAAAAAUCCUCGCCAACCUUUUGUUGCGUUAUCAGGGCCUUCAUUUGCAUUGGAAUUGAUGAGCAAACUGCCAACAGCCCUGGUAGUUGCUUCAAGGGACAAGAAAUUGGCGAAUCAAGUUCAGCAGCUUCUAGCUUCUGAAAGGCUAAGAAUCAACACUUCAAGUGAUGUUACAGGGGUUGAAAUUGCUGGAGCACUGAAAAAUGUUCUGGCUAUUGCAGCUGGAAUUGUGGAGGGGAUGGAUCUUGGCAAUAAUUCCAUGGCUGCUCUUGUUGCUCAAGGUUGCUCAGAAAUUCGUUGGUUAGCUAAAAAGAUGGGUGCCAAGUCUGCAACGCUUACAGGGCUAUCAGGAACGGGAGACAUUAUGCUUACAUGCUUUGUUAAACUUUCAAGAAAUAGGACAGUUGGAGUUCGUCUUGGGUCAGGGGAGAGACUUGAAGAUAUACUGAGCUCAAUGAAUCAGGUUGCUGAAGGUGUUGCUACAGCUGGAGCUGUCAUUGCUUUGGCCCAAAAAUAUAAAGUUAAGAUGCCAGUUUUGACAGCAGUAGCCAGAAUAAUCGACAAUGAGUUGACUCCUCAAGCAGCUGUUCUUGAACUGAUGAAUCUACCUCAGGUCGAGGAAGUAUGAAGCCCAUGAGCUGAUUUUUUUUGGUUGAAGCCUGUUAUCUUCCUGGGGCGUAAGAGCAUUGUGAUUCCAUUGUAAUUCUGCUCCUUGCUCCAGGAUUUUUACUCGUAAGUGCAGUGAACAUAUUGAUACACUUCCAGCUUAAUUAGAGAGAAACUCAGGAACCUACGGCAAUGUAUACAUCAAAUUUUUAGUAGAAAACAUUACAGAGUUUUGUGGUGUUGAACUAUCCAAUUGUAUACUCCAUUUAUGUAUCAUUCAAAUCAGAUAUUCUUAAAUAAUUGCUGCAAUGCAAUGUUCAAUC